AUGUCCAUCCUCCAGGCUGAAGUUGCUACUAUUUUGCUCAAUAAAUUUGAAACUGAUAAUGGAUCAAUUCAAUCCACUGUAGACCAUAUCCAACAAGGCCGCUAUUCAGACGUGAUAAAAACUAGCAUAGUAUUUAAGAACUGUCAACAAACCGAUGGUCAAUCAGUGAAUGAAACAGGCGAUCUCCAAAGCUGGUUAAAAGACAGACUCACUUCUCUUUCGUCUGAAAAUAACGAAGCAAUCAAUUUUGAUAUCCUUGCUACAGGUAUUGCCUGUUUGAAUGCUUUUGUUCAAGUCAACUGGACUGGUCCUCUUUUAGAUUUUUCCUUAUCAGAACUAUUCAACAACGGCGAGAAAGACGAUAAAACGGAAAAGAAAAUGCACGAAGCUUGUUUAAAAUCCUUGUCUGUAGACGGUGAAGAAGUAUAUCAUUUAACACAACAUUUGGGCCUAUUAGCAGUUGCCCGUGAGUUAUUACAAUCUGUCCGUGGAAAGACGUUGACAGGCUCUUUCUGGGCCAUGCGUGCCAGCUUUAUUCAACAGCAACUUUUGGAUGAGUUCACAGGCUCUUUACAAUCCGAGCUAUUAGCUCUCGCUGACGAAAGCACGAAAGAUUUAGACGCUAGCAAAGAUUUGGAAGAAGAUGUACGUACAGCACUAAGGGUUCGACAUGAGCUGGAAUUAGGUUUGAUCAACAGCUUUUUCGGACGUGAUAAAGAUGCCUUAGAAAAGAUGGAAUCAGCACAAAAGGAAUCUGGAUUUGAGUGGUCGUUGACAGGCUCCUUAGGCCGUCGUACAAAGUUUCAGCAAUUUGAUGUAUCCCAGCUGGUCGUUUUAGCAAAAAGUACAAAGAAAGACGUGACGCCUAGCUUCAAGAAGAAUGAGGAGGGCGAAGAAGAGGAAGAAGCCGCAAAACCUGAAACUCUCGAUCUGAACGAUGAUACAUUGCUAGAGCGCAUCAACUUUACAGAAGACAAAAAAAAUACAGAGGAAGCUGAUCAGCGUCAUGGCAACUUGAACGUCAUUGAUCAAUGUUUAUUGCUAGCUUUUUGUCUUAAUGUGAAAAAUACGAAUCCUGACCAUGGUAUAACCACAGAACAAAUGGUGCCUUACGUUACUCGUGUGCUUGAAAAUGCCAACAAUUGGAUGGUUCAUACAAUGGGUCUGCUCUUGCGUUCUCGUUUAGAAGCCAACAAAGGUCGUACUGUCGAGCGUUCAGCCCUUCAGUUACAAGCCCUCGUCGAUCAAAUCAAAGUGGAAGAUUCCACGGUGCAGGAGCGUUUGGCUUAUUUUUACGAUAUUUUGCUGCCCAGUAAAUGGGAAAUGGAACGUGAGCUGGCUCGUCGUUUUGUUUCUCUUGGUGUACUUCGUUCUGCCUUGGAAAUUUUUGAACGAUUAGAAAUGUGGGAAGAUGUUAUUUCUUGUUAUCAGAUGUUGGAGCAACCAGAAAAGGCCAAAGAUGUGUUGAAACGCUUGAUGGAGGAAAAUCCCAACUCUCCUAAAUAUUGGUGUAUCCUGGGUGAUCUAGAGGCUGAGCCUGAGCACUGGCGCAAAUCAUGGGAACUCUCCAAUCAUCAUUAUGCUCGUGCAAUGCGCAGUCUUGGUUCUUAUUCUUAUAAACGUGAAAACUAUGAAGAGGCGAUCGAUUGUUAUCAAAAGGCCCUCAACAUCAACCCUCUGUUUGAAGGUUCUUGGUACAUUCUUGGCUGCGCUGCUAUGUUUGCCGAGAAUUGGGAAGUUGGCAGCCGUGCUUUUCAACGCGUGGUGUCGCUUGAUAACGAACAACCAGAAGCUUGGAAUAACUUGGCAAGUAUUUAUAUCAAGAUGGACAAGAAGACAGAUGCCUUUUUAGCGUUGAAACAAGCAACCAAGAUCAAAUUCGAUAGCUGGAAGAUGUGGCAAAAUCUUUUGUUCGUGUCGGUCGAUGUUGGUCAAUUUGCCGAUGCUAUAUACGCUAUGCAAAGAGUAGUAGAAUUAAGAUGGGACAAAGUGCGAGAUCAAGCUGUUGAUAUCGGUGUCUUACGUAUGCUGGUUGAAAGCGUUGUGCAAAACUGGAAAGAUCCUUUCGAUCGUGAUGGUGCUCGUUUGUCUCAACAUGUCCAGCGUCUAUUAGAAGAAGUUAUUUUAAGCCGUAUCACUAAUUCUCCUGAUAUUUGGAUGAUAUGUGCCAAGUUUUAUUUAUGGCAAGGCCGUUAUGUUGAUGCGCUGGAGACAUCUGUAAAAGCUUAUAGAGCGGUUAUGCAUGACCCUAGAAUUGAAACUGAAGAAAGCAUUUUCCAGGAUGUUGCAACUGUAGCGCUAGAAACAGUUGACAUGUAUGAAAACCUGGGUUCCAAGACUCAAGAUGGUGCGCCUGUCUGUGAGGAUUGGCGCUACCAAGCUCGCCUUAUUCUUAAAGGCCUGAUGGGCAAGGUGCGAGAUGUCUUUGAUGAUACCAAUACUUAUGAGCGUUUAAAGGAACGUAUGGAUGAUUUACGAAACAAUUAA